GCUUUUGCACUCGCCCCGGCUCCUUCCCGCUAUAAAGGGGGCCCGCAGCGCGGCGCUCCACUACGCCCUCCCGAAGCGACUCCAGGUUCUCGUGCAGCCGUCUCCGGACUCCAGCCACCGCUUCUCCUCGCUAUGGAUCCCAACUGCUCCUGCGCCACCGGUGGCUCCUGCACGUGCGCCGGCUCCUGCAAAUGCAAAGAGUGCAAAUGCACCUCCUGCAAGAAGAGCUGCUGCUCCUGCUGCCCGGCCGGCUGUACCAAGUGUGCCCAGGGCUGCAUCUGCAAAGGGGCUUCGGACAAGUGCAGCUGCUGUGCCUGAUGACCGGGAGAGCCUGUUCCCGAUGUAAAUAGAACCACGUGUACAAACCUACAGUGUUUUUUUGGUGCUUUUGUUUUGGGUACAACCCUGAGCCUUUGCUACAUUCCUUGUUGUUGUUUUUUCCCUAUAAAAUACAUGAAUUAUAAUAAAAGUUGUCAACUUUA